GACUCUGAAAGUUCAGGCGCAGAAGAUACUGCAGGGGAAAUCAAACCACAGACGCUGAACUAUUCCGAGUCAACAGAAAACGCAAAUGAAACUGAAGUAGAGAGUAUUGUAGUGAAUCCAUUUCAUAAAAAUAUACUGGAUAUCCCUGUUGGGUUAUGCUAUGUGCCACCAGUACGAAUUCCCAGACAGUAUGGACAUAAUAUGCCAAUAGUCCCUAUGAAAGAUAGCACCAGAAACAUUUUUGUAACUGCAUUAAAGAGUACAAAUUCUGCUAAAGUUUUGAUUAUAGGACAUCCAUGUGAGGGGGAUACCAUAAAAACACAAUUAUUGUCACUGCAUGACAGUGCAAAAAAUAAGUGGAGCUUAAAAUGGGAACAGUCCUUAGAAAUAGAUGUGGAAGAAUCACCCUCAGUUGAUGCCAUUAUCAAUGCUGAUUACUUCAUAUUUCUGGUACAUCUGUACCAUAUGAACAGCAUUAAAACCCUAAAAGAGAAACUUUAUCUGGUUGAGAAACAUGCGAUGCCUUCCAUUAAAGGGACAGUCUUAUACUUAACAAGUCAAGUGGGAGCAGUACAGAAUGUGGUCUCUUACGAGUGUGUGACCAACUUCAUGGAGACACAUAAUCUUUACUACAUACAGUGGACUGACCCCCAUCGUGAACAGUAUUUGAGACUGCUGAACAACAUCCUCGAAAGCACUGGUUACUACUCAGGCUUAUCUUUAUUAUCCAAGACCAUACUUCUGUGGACCGAUAAAUAUCUUUAAUAAGUCUGUAAAUUUUAGGGUAUUAUUUUCUUUUAAGAAAAAGUAAAAAGCAAAUGUUUUAAGUUUUGCUGAAUACUGUAAACGUGCACACUAAUUUUCUUUGAGACUGACGGAAUUAAAAGUUGUUGAAUGUGACAUUCCAAAAUUUUGUACAAUAUAUAGAACAUUUUUGUAUUUGUAAUUUCUGAUUCACAAUAAAGUUUUCUGAUA